AUGGAGUUUUACUUGGAGAUCGACCCUGUCACCUUGAACCUGAUCAUCUUAGUAGCAAGCUACGUCAUCUUGCUCUUGGUAUUCCUCAUCUCCUGCGUGCUGUAUGACUGCCGAGGCAAGGACCCCAGUAAGGAGUACGCUCCUGAGACCACUCUUGAUGCCCAGCCCUCCAUCCACUUGGUGGUGAUGCAGCAGAGCACGUCAGGGGACCUCUGGGCAAGGAGGCCCAGCCUUCAUUUUGGGGAUCCGGUUCCAUUAGGGAAGAAAAGCACAAUGGUGUGA